AGCGCAGCUCGCGGUGUAUUGUGGGGAGGCGGUGACGUGUUCCCCGGCCGGACCCAGGAUGGCUGACGAUAGACAGCACAAGCUGGCGGCGGCCCGGAGGAAGCUAAAGGAGUUCCAGCAGAAGACGACCCCUCCAGCACCUGCAGGCGGCAAGAAGAAGAAAAAGGGGAAAGAGUCGAACAGCCAUCCGGAUACCCCAAAUCGCCUCUCUCCAGAUCCAAUUGAGGCCAUUUUGAAGGGGCUGGUAUCAGAUCUUCAUAGAACCAAUGGGGUAUCCAUCCCCACACUGGCCGAUAUGAAGGUGAUCUUGGAGCAAGAUGUUGCUCACGAUGUUGAAAUCCUAACAGAGGAUGUCUACGAUAAUUCUAAUACCCCAACCGAAACCCAAUUUGAUAACCCACUGGCUGAGCAGAAUGACUACGAUGGUCCAAAGGUGACAUCAGAUGGACACAGGUUUGUCUCAUCAACGGACAGUCUGCGACAGCUUUCCGAACAACUGAAUGGACUCGUGUCACAAAGUAAUUCCUAUAUGAAUGGGGAGAACACCAUCUCAGCCACGAGUCCAGAAUUGGAAUCUCGUUUCCAGGAUUUGUCUGCUGCCUUGGACUCCAGUAAUAUAACAAACAAACAGCUCAGUGCAAAGAUGGAUGAACUGAAUCAACAAAAGCAAGAUGUUAUGGAGAAAUUGGACAAGGAACGAAAGGAGUUUGAGCAGAAGUUUUCGAAGGAGCAAGGUGCGCUGCGAGAGCAGCUGCAGGUUCACAUCCAGACAAUUGGAAUUUUGGUAUCGGAAAAGUCUGAGUUGCAGACCGCCCUCUCGUUUACACAGCAGGCAGCACGUCAGAAAGGAGCGGAGGUGGAGGAUCUUGUCAUGCGGUUACAGUCCACCCGACAGAGAGUAACAGAGCUGGAACGGACACUGUCCUCCCUCUCUUCUCAGCAGAAACAGCUAGAAAAGCUUAAUAAAGAAUUGGAGAAAGGCCGUGACAACCUGCGACUUGAAUCUUUGAAGAACGGUAAGAGCAGUGAUGAGCUGAAGCAGCAGAAUUCUGAAUUGUCGGAGAAACUGAAUGCACUGCUCUCCGAGAAUGCCGCCACCAAGUUGGAGCUGGGAGAUCUACACAAGAAGCUUGAAAUGGCCGAACUUAUGAUUCAGCAGUUUUCUAAUCAGACGGGGACACCGGAUGCAAAUCAACAUCUUCUGAUGGCCCUGGAAGAAAGAGACCAACUGGGUACCCAGCUAGCACAGAUGUCAGAUUCUCUUCAACAGUUGAGGGCAGAACGAGACCAGUAUGUGGAAAAACUGAAAGAAGAGGGUACUGUCUGGCAAGAUAGAGUCCGGCAGCUGUCUGAGCAGCUACACACCCUCAGUCAAGAGAAGGAGAGCGCACGUGUCCAAGUUGAGCAGUUGGAGACCAGAGUGACAGAGCUGCUACUAGCAUCAGCAGCGGAACCAGCUGACACCGAGUCCCCUGUGAUGCAGGGCCCUUCUGAAACAGAGCAGGCCCUUCAAAGAGAGGUGGAGAAGCUACAGCAAGAGUUUGAAGAGCUGCAGUCCAGGUACCAGGCCCUGGUGCAGGACAACAGCCAGCUGAGCCGCCUCAAUCAGGAGCAGGAGGAGCGCCUGCUGGAGUUGGAGAAGACAGUAGAACGGCAGAAUGAGGAAACCGUGGAUAAGCAGCAGAUCCUGGAAAACAUGCAGAGUGACAAAGCCACCAUCAGCCGAGCGCUGACCCAGAACAGGCAGCUGAAGGAGCAACUGGCUGAGUUCCAAAAUGGAUUUGUUAAACUGACAAAUGAAAACCUUGAACUCACAAAUGGGCUGCAGAGUGAGCAGCAUGUAAAGAAGGAAUUGGCCAAGAGGCUGGGCCAGUUACAGGAAAGCUUGGGCGAUUUUAAAGAGCAGCUUGCUACAAGGGAUCAAGAAGUUCAGCUGCUGACAACCCAGCGAGAUGAGAUCUCUGCCCAUCUUCAGCAAUAUGUAGCAGCCUACCAGCAAGUAUCCAUAGAGAAGGAGGAAAUCCAAAGGCAAUAUCUGUUGCAGGCUCAGCUCAUGGACAGGUUGCAGCACGAUGAGGUGCAGGGAAAAGUCAGUGUAGAAAUGCACCUCAAGGAGCUACAGCACAGCAGAGAAAGUCUGGAACUUCUCACCAAAGAAAACCAGGAGCUCCGAGCUCAGGUGCUGCAGAUUCGCAGUGACUCAGACAGCAGAGUUCUGAGUAGGAUGGAAGGAGAUGGUGUAGAGAGCAUAGUGUAUGAAGAUGAGAUGCCUAAGACAUCACUGGAUGUUCCUGAAGAUUUUGAGACUCGGGAAGAGAUGAUGACAUUCCUUUCUUCUGCUAUCUCCAAGUUACAUGGAGAGCGGGAUGAGGUAGAGAGGCAGCUCAUGGAGCAGAAGAGAACCUGUAAACAGCUCCUACAAGAGAUAUCUGAACUCCGGCAGCAGCAGCUGUCUCCUCCCCUCCAUCACUCUACAGAGCUCAGUGUGGAGAGCGUCCCCCGAGAGGUGUAUGAUGCUCUACAGAGUGCUAUGGAAAAGUUACAGUUUCGAUUCACCAGCCUGAUGCAGGAGCGGGUGGAACUUAAAGAACGGGUGGAAGAGUUGGAACAUCGCUGUAUCCAGCUGUCGGGGGAGACGGACACAAUUGGGGAAUACAUUGCACUUUAUCAGAGUCAGAGAGCCAUCCUGAAACAGCGUCACACAGAAAAGGAGGAGUACAUAAGUCGACUAGCUCAGGACAAAGAGGAGAUGAAGGCCAAGUUACUGGAGCUGCAGGUUUUGGUCAUGAGGCUGGUGGGUGAGAGGAAUGACUGGUACAAGAAGUAUGUAGAAGCAACAGGAGGUUUUAAAGACGUGGCUCCAGCUCUCAAUACUGAAAAACCAAUGGAUCUGGGUGCAGCAGAUGGGGAAGUGAUGGAGGAAGUCAGCUUGGCUGAGGACUCUGAACAGGAGAAAGCUCAGAUCUCAUCUCCCCUUUCUACGACACAAGAAGGAGCACAUACCACCCCCAGUUCCACUGACCCCACGGCGAAGCAGAUCAUGCAGCUCCUUCGUGAGAUCCAGAACCCACAAGAACGCAGCAAAUCCCUUCUUCACAACCCCUGCAUCCCCUUCUUCUAUCGCGUGGAUGAGAACGAUGAGGUCCGCAUUAUGGUGGUCUGAGAUCACAGUCCCGCUUAUCCAAACCACCACUUCUUCCAUGCUGACUCCUCUCUGAACUGUGACUCAUGACCUCCGGCUGCUCAGGAGGAGUGGUCACCUGGGGUUGGGUGGGGUGAGCAGGAGUGGUGGGUACUGCAGCUGAGAACUGGAACUGCCUUCCCUUACCAUUGGUUUCUGGGAGGGUCUGAUUCUUCCCUCCAAAACAUGAAAAGGGGGGAAGUUUUCAGUAUUCCUAAUCAUUUGCCCCAGUAUAUCUACCCCAAGGGACUGUAGUCCUGUUCGCACAGGCUGGCAGCAUAAGAAGACUAGCAUUAUCCUUCGUUACUGUGCACUGCUUGUUUAAUCUGUAGCUCCUUGGGUCAGAUGAGUCUAUGCCAUCCAAAUUCUUGCUUAAUUUUUAAACUGCUCGAGCGCUAAUUUAUUAAUAGUUUUUUUGUUUUUUGCUACAAGAAAGCUGUAAGGUAUCCCUGCUACAAAGAAGAGGCAGGGCAAAGCUAGACAGUCUCAGGAGGAGUGACCAGACAAUGGAAACAGUAAAAUCGUAGACGGUCAAAGGAACUACUGCCUAGGAAUGUUCACUUUGAGGGCAGUGGCAGGCCGUUACCCAGUGUUGUCCACGUUUUUACAUGCUGCUUGGUAAAUCUGUAUGACGUGGUACAAGGAUGUCCAAAUGAAGGAGACGGGGAUGUGUUUUUUUGGCGGUUCUUCUUGGUUGCUGUGGCCCUUACAUUUUUUUUGGCUGCAGACCCCACCGUAGGUCAGGCACGUAGAGAGGUUUUAUACUUGCAUUUUAACAUGGAAAAUCUAAUAAUAUACUAAGAGGGGCAUAUAAGUGAUUCCUGAGCAGUUUGAUUCAGGUGAUGAUUUAAGCGUCUAUGACUUGAUCGAAAUAAUUCCUUUUUGAAUUUAUUUUUUUCAUUUGUUAUGAAGCAGGAUAAGCCAAACCAAAGUCUGUGGGUGAUUGAGUAAUCUGUGCAGUCAAGCUGACAAGUAAACCUUGGUGACAGCCGUUUUAUGUGAGAAUGCAGCCUAUUUGCUGAGAACGAAUUUUAAGGGGCAAAAUCACCCAGAUCUGAUUGUUCAGUCGUUGGCUGAAGUUCAGUCAUCUAUUGGCUUCUUAGAACUAUCUGAGGUGGUGGUGGCCUUGAUUUGCUUUGCAGGAUAGUUCCACCCACCUGCAUGAAGAGCAUGCUGUGUACAGAAGUCAGUGUUGGGGGGUUGAGCUGGGAUUUGGGGGGGGGGGGGGCAACUGCCCUGAAAAUUAUAAAAAGCCUAAGGCAGAUGAUUAGCCAGUUGACAGUGACCCAUUUGUGACCAAUAUUGUAAUAUUGGGCAAUGGCAUUAGUUCUUGGUUGUAGGUCUCACAACAUGGCAGCCUAUGAAGUGUUUAUUUUCCAAUAAUGGGAUGGCUGUGUGGGGUUUUUAAUAAAGAGCCGAGAUAUGGACUCAAAGACAAUUUUCUUUACUCUUAGGAAUUUAGUAAUACCGCUUAGCACUUUCAGAACACUUGUGUUCACAAAUCUCAUCCUUGCCAGGAAAAAACAUUUAGGCCCGCCAAUACAUUUAAUUUCUGAGCGUGCAGACACUACAAUUGAUUUUUUUGCCUCAAAAGUUACUCUUUGUUUUAUCCAUCUUCAACAACUUUGAAUUGCAGUAAGAGGUUUAGAUGACUGUGGGAUAAAAAAAGGAUUGGCAGCUCAUCCUGUCGAUCAUGCUCUGUCCUGAUAGUUUGCACAGGUAGCCUGGGUGGGUGGAGCUUGAAUAGAAUUCUCAUAUCUCUUCCUGAGUCCGGUUCGGAAACGGUUUCUGUAUAUAGUGUAUGAGUGUAACAUUUUUGUAUAUUCCUGGAUCAGGCGCUGGACCUCUGCAGCAUUUUCCGCUGCAAGGAUCUUGUACUAUAAUAUGAUGGAGCUUCUAUAGAAGCUGGUUUGUCAUCUUGAUUGGAGAUUUAUUAAUAGGGGACAGGGGGGUUAUUAUAAUUUAUUAGGUGAUACUUCACAGGUCAGGGGGCUGCACUUUCCAUUCUGUUGCAAAAUUGAUUUCAUCUUGUUGGAAAUAAAUUUUUGUUUUUCUGAAUAAACCUAUUCAGCAAAUAAAA